AUGCCCGACAUAAAAUGGAACAUCUUACUGAAAAACCCGGUAACAACGCUGAAGAUCCUCCUUCUCGGAUCAGGGCGUAGUUUCCUCGUCCUUCUUGUGCGCAUCGUCCUGCCAUUCCGAGCACGCAAACUCUCGCUGCGCAACGCUCUCGCACGCGUGUGGAUCAGCACUGCCCAUUCCGCGAACUCCAAGGUUUUCUGCUCGGAGCCGUGGGGCCAUCGAUGUCAGGAAAUCGUGCUCGCGGGCUCUGGCGAGGACCGCCAGCACCAAAAAGCUGCGGUUGGAGGCUGGGUUAUCCCCAACACUGAUGUGGCUGAACUGAAGAACAAGGAUGCGAUUGUUCUUUUCGCUCACGGCGGCGGAUAUGCUAUUGGGCAUGGCUUACAAAAUGCGAGCGCUUUUCGGCGCUGGGCCAGAAAGGCCAAGUCCAUGGGGCAAGAUAUUGCCAUUGUGACGGUCAAAUAUCCAUUAUCUAGCGAGAAGAAGUGGCCGGCCCAGCGAAAUUCCUUCAUAGCUAUGUACGAGUGGCUUCUUGCCCAAGGGGUUCCAGCCUCGAAGAUUGUUUUCUCAGGAACAUCUGCCGGAGGUGGGCUGAUACUCCUGGCAAUGCUUUAUAUGCGAGAUCAUACAUCCCUUCCGCAGCCGCGCUGCGCCGUGGCACAUUCUCCCUGGACCGAUGUCUCCAGUGCACUGACAGGAAUCAAGGGUCACCCACUCUUGGAGACCGACUACAUCCAUACGUACGACCAGACCUACGUAGCCAUGAACGACAUGCUCAGACCUGACGGCCUACCCUUCGACACGCCCGAAAUUAGCCCUGUGCUUGCCAGAGAUGUCUCAAGGCUUCCUCCACAGUUGGUCUUCUAUGGCGAUGCAGAGAUAUUGAUGACCGACAGUACCAGAUGGAUCAAACGGUCGAGGGAUGUUGGUGUCAGGAUCGACGUACAUGUAGGCAAAGGCGAGAUGCAUACGUACUCGAACGGAUGGCCUGUUGGAGGACCACGGACGGAAAUGGAAUGUGACGAGCUGUUUUUAAACUACGUAUUCACAGAACUAGCGCCUCCCAGAUAA